GUUGGUACAUGGUUUGCUACAGCCUACAAUACAUGGCUCACACUCGUCUCUUCCAACACCACCAUUCUCUUCCACUGUGACCGCAUUUGAAUUUUCAUAAUGGCUAUUGAGAGAAUUUUUAAAGAUGAAGCCAGUGAAGAAAAAGGAGAGCGUGCCAGAAUGGCAUCUUUUGUUGGAGCCAUGGCUAUUGCUGAUUUGGUGAAGACUACCUUAGAGCCAAAGGGAAUGGAUAAAAUUUUGCAGUCAACAGGUAGAGGACGUGAAGUUACAGUCACUAAUGACGGUGCUACAAUCUUAAAGUCCCUCCAUAUUGAUAACGCAGCUGCUAAAGUCCUUGUUGGGGACGGAACAACCUCUGUUGUUGUAUUGGCUGGGGAACUUCUUAGGGAGGCAGAAAAGCUGGUUGCAGCUAAAGAUUUAUCCCAUGACCAUAGUAUCAGUGUACUCUUCCUGCUUUCAGAAAGAUGAAUAAAAAAGGAUAAGAAAUCAAGGGAAGCAUUAGAAAGGUGAAAUAUGAAAGUUUUAUAGUGAUGCUUUGAGAACCAUUUACAAUUCUGAUGGGUUUUGUAAUUUGCAUGUAACCAUGUGUCAUGAAUUUACUAUCCCAAAAGUUUAAGCUACUAGGUGAAAGAACACAUGAAUGGUUUAUAUUAUAUUUUUUAACAUGCCUUCUUCUAGCAAGAGUCUUUUAGACUUGAAGUGUGGACAUUGCACUGACUGAUAGAAUCCAGAAAAUGAAUAGUGUUUUAUUCAAAAGAACCCUAAUUCCCAAAGAGAAAGAUACAGAAUUUCCUUGAGAGAGAGACCAAACACUCUCCCUAAACCCGUACUCCAAUUGAUUCCUAAAAGAUACCUCAUACUCUCAUUAACCAUCUUAAUUAUAGACUCACUCUCUAACUAACUCCCAUCCCCAGCUAACUAACUAUUUACCCCUAAUAGCCACUAACCGUGAGUGCCUAUCAAUGACCCAUCCACCUAAGUUACUAAUUAUCCUAAAAAGUUAAAUUGUUGGAUGAAAACACAUGACUGAGCAUGAAUUGUGCUCGUAAUGCCAUAUGGCAUAGGGGCUAAGAUACCACUUGAUGAGCUAAUUAUCCUAAACGGUUUAAUUGUUGGGUGAAAACACAUGAAUUGUUUGUAUUAUAUUCUCAGCAUGAAUAUUGCCCUCCCCUUAUUUUCUUAGCUGGUUUCAAAUGAUUUAGUUUCCAACAUUUUCUUUUGAUUAAUAUGAGUGUAUUUGAUAUUAGCGGUUAUGA